AUGACAGUGGCUACAAUUUACAUUACAGCAUCUCAAUAUGGUAAAUUGCUUAGUAAUACAACAGCACAGCAAUUAAGACUAAAGUUUGAUCUAAAUUCAGUUUCUCAGCAAGCAGUACAAGAGCGUGAUUUGGAUAGAAAAGCCUUGCGACAAACCACAAUCCAUGUUCAGAUACCUACUACAACCAGUAACUCGACAAGUAGUAAUGGUGAGAAAAGGACAAAAGUAUAUACAAGUACGCCAGACACAGGUCGAGUCUCGACUCUUUUAAAAGAGUACGCGGAUGUAUUUGAAGGUGUAGGACAUCUUAAAGGGUUUGAACAAAAACUGCACAUUGACGAUAGCGUGCCACCUGUGGCCAAAACAUACCGUAGAAUACCUUUUAAUCUUCGUCCUCAGUUAGAGAAGUGGCUUCAAGAGUCGCAGGAUAAUGAUUUGAUUGAACCUGUCGUUAAUAAAAGUACAGAGUGGGUCAGUGGAGUAGUGAUCGUGCCUAAGCCGAAAAAUCUGGACGAAAUACGUGUAUGUGGGGACUAUCGCAGAGUUAACGAAGCCAUUAAGAGAGAACACCACCCUAUGCCUACAAUUGAGUGA